GGAUGCGCACAACUCAGUCCACGAGUAGCUUUAGUUGCGUACGCGCACUUUGCCGGGCUUUUUGAAUACGUAGGAUUAUGACUUCUUGCCGCGUGUACGAUAUCGCAAUGCAGCAUUUAUUUACUGUUGAACUGUAAACUCAACGCUUAAGCGUGAAAAUAGUUUUGUUUAUAAACAAUUUAAUGUUAAAAUCAGUGAUUUUGAUUUUGAAAAAAACAUUGCGGGAAAAUGAGUGAUUCGUGUGAAGGUGCGCAGGAGUGAAUUCAGCAACGGUGGCGGUGGUAAGCGGGCACAAUGAGUGCGCCGCUGAAUUGGCACAAAUGGCUAGUGUUGUCGCUGCUCGGAUUGGCUUUGUCCGCUCGCACAAUUGGCUGCGAUUACAGUUCCAUCACCGAGAAAUUUGGAGCGGAAGCUGUGACUCGAUGCAAUGAAAAAUGCCCGUUCCAGAAUCGAACUGGGGAUGGCCAUUUCGACGUAAGCUGUGGAUCCGAUUGCAGUGUGCAACAAUGCAAACUGGGGUGUAGCUUAUGGCAAGAAGGAUUGGAAAAUUCAUGUCAAAUCGUUUGCAAUGUCACAUCGGAGACUGUAUUUUCGCGGGAACUGUACUGUGUUAUGGGCUGUAACGAGGCUUUGAAUACUUACUUUCAAAAGUUAAGAGAAUUGAUUGGCGUACCUACUGCACCAGCUUUGGUAGCCGAUAGUCUUACGGCUACAUCUCUAUCUCUUGUGUGGGAAGCACCCAAUCUAGGGAACCUCAGCUACAUGGUACAAUGGCGGUAUGAGGAGCUACCGGGCACUUGGCAAUAUUAUUCAAACUCUAGUCAUUCAGACCAGUCUAUUAUAAAUGUGGACGGUCUUAGGCCAUACACUAAAUAUAGGUUCCGAGUGGCUAUAUUCCUGUCUGGUCGAGGUGGUGCUGGAGAGCCGGUUUACUCAGCGCCAUCAGUGGUAAUAUCUACCUUAGAAAAUGGCAAGCCUAGCUCAGCACCUUCGACAUUAAGGGCCGUUGCUCCAGACCCCAGCCGAGUGGCCAUCUCUUGGGAACCAGGCCCAUUUCCAAAUGGACCAUUGAUCUCAUACGUUUUGCGACUAACGGAUACUCAGCCUAACACCAACGAUGCUCUUGAGGACAUGCCAGCAUCGAACAACACGUUGUUUUACAUGUUUCAAAAUUUAGCUCCCGCUCGUGAGUAUGAGGUAUCGGUUGCUAUGCGUAACGCAGUGGGAGAAGGCCCGAGAGCUUAUGUUAGGAUAUCCACACCUCCUUUACCGACAUCUGUUCCUAGUCAGCAACCUAUUUUAAUUUUGGGUGGAGAACAGAACGUUUUAGCAGCCCCCGCCAAUGACAUGUUGUCAGAUCCUGUAGAGUUAUAUAGCACGGAACACUCAAUCACAGGCGUGGGACUAGAUAUAUCAAGUGAUUCCCUUUUCACAUCAGUAUCAAAUGGUUACGUAUAUCGCAGCAGCCUUUCUAAGAAGAGCGCUUCUGAGACAAUAUUAACACCACAAAAUUAUAAGCCUCAGGAUUUAUCAGUAGAUUGGUUGAAUCGUCACUUGUACGUCCUAGGUGAAGUUCACUACAGUGCUGUGGAUUGGUCAAAUAGAACCUAUAUAACCAACUGGGAAAUACUACGGUGUGAUUUUGAUGGAAAAAAUCUUAUAGUUGCGUUGUCAGGAUUCAACUCUCGGCCGAUUCAUUUUGAAGUGGAUGCUUAUAAUGGUUACUUGUUUUGGGCUCAACAAGGGGGUGACCGCGGUGGUCUGUACAGACUCGACUUGGCAAACAUAUCAAAUGGUAUUCCUCACAGCGCGAAGCCAGAAAUUAUAGUUCGUGAUGCAAACCUAGGAGCUUUUACUGUGGAUCAUGCAGAUUUUAGAAUACUUGUUGCACAUCUGAGAAGGAACACGGUGUUAGCUGUGUCACUUGAUGGACGAGAAGUUGCCGAUUUUCGAGCAAACACUCAAACCCCAAUGUUUCUAUCAACGCGAUCUAUUGCAUACGCCGGUGGGCUUUUUUAUUGGACGAAUGGCAAAGAAAUGUUGACAGAGGAAUACCACGGUCAAAGCGACAGUUACUUCCACAACGAAUAUCCUUUGGCCUAUAACACCAAGACAAUAGCAACAAGACAGGUUUUGGUAGCUUUGCGAAGUUGUCAACCUAUUCCAGUGCCCGUGAAUCCGCCAUUAGGGUUACAAAGUGUGAUGGGCAUCAAUCAGGCGAAGGUUUCGUGGAACCCUCCUCAUCUGUUGGGUCAUCAGGGAAGUGGAGCCUGGCAACAAUGGACAUUCCAUCUCCAGUUAACGCAUGUUGAUUCAGGGGACGUAAUAGACAUUAAAAAUAUAACAGAAUCAAGGAGCAUUGUGGAUAAUUUGAAGCAAGAUGCUGAAUAUGUAAUUAGGGUAGCUGCUGUUACCGAAUCUGGUUCAGGUCCAUGGUCGUCUGAAUUCGUUGGCAAAACAUUACCCUCAUCGCCAAACACUUUGCGAAGCACUUUAUUGUGGUCAGGGCCAGAUGGCCUAUUGCAAACUGAUCUCACUGGAGACAAUCUACAAAUCUUAAUCCACAAGGAGAUUCUAAGAAAAUUUCAAAUUACCGACAUUUCUUGGUACCGUGACAAACUAUAUUUGGUAACCAAUGCAUCUACCGUAAUAUGGUUUAACACCACAACUUUUGAGACUGGUUUAAUGUCUAACAUGGAAAAUGUGGGGAGUUUAGCAGUGGACUGGGUCGGCAAGAAAUUGUAUUGGUCAAAUCCGAAACAACAAUUGAUAACACGAGGCAAUUUAGACGGUGGCAACAGAGAACCAGUACCAAUUGUGACGGUCGCUAAAGAACUUACAAUAGACUCGUUAGGCGCCUACAUAUACUGGAAUACAGGCCACGCGGUUGAGGCGGCUAGACUUAAUGGAGAAAAUAAGAUGAUUUACUAUCCUGCGCAGUUAUUUAGUGGCAAACAAGUAAUGGGACUGACAGCGGAUCUAGAAGAGAAAUGGCUUUAUUGGCUUGUUCGAAGUUACGACGGAUCCGAACUUCACCGAGCUCCGACAGCGGAUCGAAUCACACAUGGAGUAAAUGAAGUAUCAGGAUCACUGGUGACACGUUUAUCAGGCACGGCGACGUUGGGUCCUCUCUGCUACUUCAGCGGUCGUCUCGUGUGGGUGCAGGACGCUUCUCGCGCGGUUGUGUCCGACUUGGCAGGGAGAUAUACUGCUGAGUUGCUGCCCAGGGUGCAUGUCAUUGCAGUACGGGAUCCGUCCCUGCAUGCGGACAGUGAAUCUUUAAUAGCAAUUCCGGAGACGAUUAAUUCGUCAUCAAUAGCAGUAGUGGGUGAGUGGGACAGGUUCAACGUGACUUGGGAGCCAGCCACCAGCGUCAACGUCAACAACAGUCGAGUCUAUUACGACGUCAAUCUACAUUUCCCUGGACAGUAUAACAUAGAGAGGACAGUGGACGUGCCGUGGGUGGAAGUGGUAUCGGUAUCGGUGGGUCCGUACAGCAGCAUGGAGGCGCGAGUGCGAGCGCAUACGCACUGGGGCGGCGGCGGCGCGGCGCGGGCCCGCUUACACUCGCCGCAGGCGCCGCCCGCCGCCCCUAGAGCGCCUAGGAUAUAUGUACAACCUGCGCUAAGUGGAGGACCGCUAUCUGCAAUAUUCCGAUGGGGCAGUCCGGGCCGCGCUAACGGGAUCAUCCGUGGCUACGAAGCGCAGUGCUGGGUGACGGCUGCCGACUCCACCUCAGCUACUAAACCUUCUGCCUGCGCCGACGCACAUCUCUCGCCUUCUCACACGCAACUCAUGCUGAGAGACUUGACGCCGGCUUCCAAAUACUUCUUCCAAGUGCGUGCCCAUACGGACGCAGGAUACGGACAAUAUUCUGAAGUUGUAUCAACAUCGUCUGACGAAGUAAAUCCCAUACCUAAAGUGAUGGUGUCCUCGCAAGAAUCUAUCAAAAUUAUAGACCUAGACUCCGGAGAAAGUGAAACAAUUCCUAAAAGUACUGGAAUUCCUGUAGACUUUGCAGUGUCCACUGAAGAAAAUAUAGUUUACUGGGUUAAUAACUUGGAAGAAAUAUUCUCUUCGAGGAUUAACGGCAGUGGCCAUUUUAAGCUGACGUCAAUCAAUGGUUCGGCGACCAGCAUGUGCGUGGACUGGGUGAGCAGGUCCGUUUACUGGACGCAGUUGGAGAUAACUUCUAUUGAAUCGUACGUCACAUACCGAGCUGAUCUCGGGUUGACCAAUAGCCGGCCACAUAUAACAAGGGUAUUUUCCAGAAAACAACCCAUCUAUAGUCUACAAAUAGCACCACUACAUCGAACAUUGUUUUGGUACGAGGAAAGUGGCCAUCAAGGACUAGGAACUAUAAUGACAUCAUUCUUAAACGGAUCUGAUAUUAAACCUUUCUUUAGAAAUUCUGAGGGCACAGGACGUGAUUGUAACUGUCCCGAAGACCCUCAGGUGGCUAGACCUUUUGUCAUUGACAUGACCAAGAGCAAGAAUUAUGAUUUGUAUUGGGUAGAUCCUUGGGUACACCACAUAAUAGCGACCGAUAUGGACGCCUGCAAAUGUAGAAUAGUGGUCGAUGCUACCGAAAAGAAAAAAUACGGGUUUACUCCCAUGUCAAUAACAGUAGACAGUAGAUACGUUUACUGGUUCAAUUCUACUCAGAAGGAAAUAUUUUAUACCACUAAGUAUCAUAAGACGAGAAUAGAAGAGAGGAAAACUUCAUAUGGAUACAAAAUAAUGGCCUUGGAUCCUGGAAAUCAACCGUACCCUUCAAGAACGUGUCUCUUCCCUAAGAUACUGUACUUAAGACCAAAAGUUGUUUCAAAUUCAGCCAACAGUUUAACGUUACACAUGCCACCGGUAGAAAAACCUAAUCGAUGCCAUUCAUUGGAAUACGAAAUGUCUACAACAGAGUACACGAUAUUUUAUAGAGAGAUUGGAAAAGACACUUCUGCUUGCGACAAAGAAUCUUGCGCAUACGUUACAACUACCAACACAGAAGUAGUGAUCAAUGAACUGAAACCGUUUACUAACUAUUCAGUGAUGUUGGAAGCUACGAACUACUACGCGAAAUUACACGAAAUUAAGCCACUUGUUGGUUCGCCGAUGAUUCUACAGACUGCGGCUGAGGCUCCAACAGCACCCAAAAACGUGACGGGAAUAGUGUUAAGCCCGGUACUAGCGCAUGUAGAAUGGAAGCCUGAUCCUGGACUCUUGUACGAGGUUCACUGGAGAACUGAUGACUCCCCUUCGUUGGUGCACAAGCUAAAAGAACACAAUGCAUUUGAGGUAUGGGGUGGGCGCAGCGCCAACCUGACGCGACUCUCUCCCAACACGUCAUACACGGUGUGGGUUCGCGCGCACUCCAACCACAGCGUGGUGGUGGCGGACUCCGCGCAGCUGCGCCUGCGCACCUACCCGCAGCCGCCGCCGCUCUCCGUCGCCACCCUCACGCCCUACGAGAUACGCGUCUCGUGGCAUCCGCCUACCUCGUACCAGCUACUACACUUUAAAAUGGAGUACUCAGAGGCCCCGCCAUCAACUGGCUCCUGGAAAGCGUGCACAAGAGACGAGAAAGACGAGUGGUUAGCGUCCGAGCUUCGGCCCCGCUCGCGCUAUGUAUUCCGUCUCCGUUUGCAGUAUGUGGCUAAUGCACCGCCGUAUUACUGGCCAGACGACGAACGCUUUACUUUUGAAACACAUGGUGAUGUGCCGGGCCCACCGGGUCCCUUGCGCGUGGAAGGAGUGGGUGAUCGAGUAUUGCGCGUAUGGUGGACGGAACCUGACACGAGAGGUUCUCCCAUCAUAGCCUAUCGCGUUUGGGGACGGCCGCAGCAUAGGAUUACCCAGGGAAGUGAAAACAUCACAAAGAAUCUCAGUGAUCUAUUGCCGGCGAACUUACCCUCCGACAUCGACGAUAAAAUGAAGAUGCGCAUCGCCAGAGAAGGGCUGGAAUUGCUGCAUAACGGAACUGAGACGUACUGGCUGGUGAGCGGCGCGGAGGCGCUGGGCGCGGGCUGGCGCGCGCGCGUGCAGGCGCGCAACGCGCACGGCUGGGGCGCGCUGUCGCCGCCCGCCGCGCUCGACGCCGCCGCGCUCUCCCCGCGACGACCACCCGCCGCUGCACUCGCGCUUGCCUUGCUGGCAGCUUUGGCAGCCCUGCUGGCUGUUGCCGCCGCUGUCUUCUACGCAGCAUACAAUGCCCGAGCUCGGAAGAAGGCAGCUGUCGAAAACCAAAUCCCUGUGAACCCCACGAGACGCGGACCUGAUGUCGAACUUGCAACAUUGAGGCAGUUACCAACGAGACACUCCACCAAUAUACUUUAUAAUCAGGGUGUACAUUGUCCAACGGACGCAGAACUGGCUAGCUUACCCCACAUUCGCCGUGAACAGAUAACGCUAACAAAGUUCCUUGGUUCGGGAGCAUUUGGGGAAGUAUUCGAAGGUGUCGCCAGACAGAUCAACGGGAGCACUUCUGAUACGAAAGUCGCCGUCAAAACAUUACGCAAGAGUGCCACAGAACAAGAGAAAACAGAAUUCCUAAAAGAGGCCGCCUUGAUGUCGAACUUCAAACACGAACAUAUUCUACGUCUACUCGGAGUUUGUCUCGACAAUGAUCCUAAUUAUAUAAUCAUGGAGCUCAUGGAAGGUGGCGAUUUGCUUAGCUACUUGAGAGGCAAACGCGUUUCACUGUACACAUCAGAAUCCCUGACUCUAUUGGAUCUCCUAAACAUGUGCGUGGACGUGACGAAAGGAUGCCGUUACUUAGAAGAGAUGCACUUUGUUCACCGCGACUUGGCCUGCCGCAACUGUUUAGUGGCACACCGGGGUAACGGCAGAGUUGUGAAGAUAGGAGACUUUGGACUCGCUCGAGAUAUCUACAAAAAUGAUUACUAUAGGAAGGAAGGAGAAGGUUUGCUUCCGGUACGAUGGAUGGCCGUGGAAUGCUUGGUAGACGGAGUAUUCUCGUGUCAGUCCGACGUGUGGGCUUGGGGAGUUCUUUGUUGGGAGGUUCUGUCUUUAGGGCAACAACCAUACCCCGCGCGUACCAACCGACAAGUGUUGUCUUACGUUCGCACCGGGGGCACGCUAGAUAGACCACCUAACUGUCCUUCAGCAUUCUACGACUUACUGCAGAAGUGCUGGAGUUACUCAGCAGAGGCACGGCCUUCAUUCCGGCAGUGCCUGGAGGUGGUGACGGCUCUCAGGGACAAGACGUCCGCCAACAUCACGCUCACCGCCACGCCCACGCCCGCGCCGCAUUACCUCACGCUGCUUGGAGACGACGCCGUUGACAACCGCACCUACUUACUGGACGAGAAUGACAACGCCUGCUUAGAUGAAGAUUUCCCAGAGCACCACAUGGAGCCGUCGCGACUUCUUCCCGAACGAACUCCGAAGUACUUGGAGUUAAUGUACGACAGCGAUUCGGCGCCCGGCACUAUCUGUGACGGCUACGAGAUUCCCCGGGCACCGAUCACGUACAUGCCACCAUUCUCAAGACACAGCAUAGUCGGUGUCGCACCCAAUAGACUGAUUAAGGCUCCGCUGUACAGGACACAUUCCUUACGAACUCACAGACGACCUCCCAACGCCACAAUAAUCCCUCUGCGGAACGGCUUGGUGAAGCGAUCUUCGUUGUGUGAAGAAAUUAGCGGUCGAGAACCGAGAGCUUGCUCGUCACGAGAAACACCCCGUGUUGACUUAGAUUUCGAGAAACACGUAUUCAAGACUCCAUUUUGAACUGUGAUAUUAAAAUUAUGAUAAAAAUAAUUAUGCAAUGUGUAAAUUUUUCCACCGAAUGAGGAUACUGUUCUAGAAUUAAGUGAAUAUUUAAUAUUAUUUAUUUUCACUAGUUUACAGUCUGUAAAUAGAGUUGAGUAAAAUUGUUGUACAUAUUAGUGUAAGCCGUCUUGCUAGACAUCACGAGACAACAUAAUAAUGCAUUUAAUUAGCCAAUUAAAUAAAUAUAUUGCUCGAA